CGAAUUUUAGCCGGUGCCCGUUCCUUCUGCAAAUCAGCUGUUGAAAAAGGUUGAAUACACACAGUAUGAAAACAUAAAGAAAGUUGAUGUAUAAGAAGAACUGAUAGUCAACAAUGGCUAUGGGGACAGAAUUCACAGUAGAAAAUGUUGAAAAGGCUGUAAACAAUUUCUACUGUAAUGCCUCAGUGCAGCAAGAAGCUCAUCAGUGGCUGACGGCAGCUCAGGUGUCGUCUGCAGCGUGGUCAUUUUGUUGGCAGCUUCUUUCACCAGAUAAGAGUCUUCAAGUCCAGUAUUUUGGGGCAAGCACUUUACAUGUUAAAAUAAGCAGAUACUGGAAUGAAGUACCUGCUGACCAGUAUGAAUCUCUGCGCAGCCGAAUCCUUGAACAGAUUGUCAAUUCAGCUACUGGACCAAAACUCAUCCUGACACGACUCUGUGUUGCUCUAUCAUCGUUAGCUCUGCAUUCAAUGCCUCAAGUCUGGCCUAAUCCCAUAGACUCCCUGAUCAUCAUGUUUCAAGACGACUCAUCACCACUUAACUCCACCCAAAGAUUUACCCACAAAUGCCAGAAGAGCAAAUUACGGCACGAACUUACCCAAAAUAUGACCAAAAUUUUAGCCUUACUGACCAACCUUAUGAGCCCAAACUCUCCCAGCGAUGUGUAUGAACACGCCCUCAAAUGUUUUGGGAGCUGGGUUGACUUUGGCAUCCAGAUGAACGAGGCAGAACAGAUAAUAAUUCAAGUAUUCCAGAGUCUCAACAGUCCGCAUCUUUUUGAUUCAGCUGUAGAUACACUGGUCAAAGUCUUCUCUCACCCGGACUCUCAUAGGUUUCCAUACACAAUACAGAAGUUACUUCCCUUGGUCCUACAAUUACAAGGAAUGUUAAAUUCAGCAAUAAAUGACCAUGACAUGGAUACAUGCCAGGGUAUUGCCCAGAUUGUAGUAUCAUUAGCAGAGAGCCAUUCUAACAUAAACUUGACUGUGUCACUAUAUAGUUUCAGGAUACAUGCCAGGGAUACAUGCCAGGGUAUUGCCCAGAUUGUAGUAUCAUUAGCAGAGAGCCAUUCUAACAUAGACUUGACUCUUUCACUAUAUGUUUUCAGGAUACAUGCCAGGGAUAAUUUACAGUAUUUUGAGGAUAAUUUGCUAAUAUCUCAGGAUAAUUUACAUUUAUUUCAGGAUAAUUUACAAGACCUGGAACCAGAGAAGUACCAGCUUCUUCUGCCCAUGUUCCAGCCUGUUUACCUAGGCUUGAUAGAAAACCUUUUGAUCAAAGUACAGUACCCAUCUGACGAGGUUUAUGAAACCUGGUCUGCAGAGGAAAAAGAACAUUUCCGAUGUUACAGACAGGACAUAGGUGAUACAAUGAUGUAUGCAUACAGUAUAUUGAGGGAACCAUUAUUAGGAUAUCUCUGCAAUGCACUAGCUUCUCUUGUGAAAACAGACAAGGAGCUCAGUAUAAGAUGGGAGUUGAUGGAGGCAGUAUUUUUCCUGUUUAAUUCAGUGGCAGAGAGCGUGGAUUUAGAGGAAGGAAUUUACUUGCCAUCUGUUCUAGAACUCUUGCCUAAAUUACCGUUUACAAAUGUUAAAUUUAUCUCCACUGUUUUAUAUAUGCUAGGUUCAUUUGGAGAGUGGAUGAAUUAUCACCCACAGUCCUUGUCUUGUGCAAUACCACUUUUACUACAGGGUCUUGGGAACCCUGAGGUUGCUAUGGCAGCAACCAUGGCCCUUAAAGAUGUCACUAGGGAAACUUUGGAACACAUCCAGCCUUUUGUACCACAGAUAUUACAGGCCUGUCAGGCUGCACUAGAAAGGGGCAAUCUCAAGUCACGUGAGAAUAUACGUGUAAUGUCAUGUAUAGGACAAGUGUUAUCUGUAUUACCAUACAGUGACAUUAUGGGACAUCUGGACCCUAUACUUACACCAAUUAUCCAAGAACUGGAGCAAUUAUCAAAACAACAGCCUUCAUCAUCAGUGAAAAACAGACUUCUUUUGAAGAUAAACAUGCUGAGCUGGUUGUUUGCUUCUCUUGAUACAGACAGAGAAUUAGGGGGAGAUAAACAGGCACAGUUUAAAUCACAGGGACCCAAACCAGUAUUUGUGAUACUUCAGAGGAUUGCACCCAUUCUCCAGACUAUAGUGUCAGAUUGGAUCUAUGACGCAGGUGUCGUUGAGGCAAUCUGUGAACUUUUCAAGCGAUCUCUGCAGACAUUGAUGGAUGACUUUGCUCCACUGUCCAAAGAUGUAGCUGAACUUCUAGUCCAAAUGUAUCAGACAGUUCCACACAUAGCAAUACUUGAUCUUACCAAACAGCUUAUUUUGAUGUUCCAUAGCGAUGCUGAAUUUUCCAAUGUGGUGAAAGUUUUACUACAGUCUGUAUGUAAUAAAACAUUAGAACUCUUCCAAGGAGAUAUACAUCAGCACACAGAUAUUGUAGAGAACUUCAUGUUGUUGCUUGCUCAGGUCUUAAAGAAAACUAAACAUAUGCUCUUCGAAUCAGGAAACAAUAUAAAUGGCCUAUUUCAAGCAGGUGUUGUGGGUUUAUCGUUACCAGAAAACCAUACUGUGAAAGCCUCCUGCUCAUUCCUGACAGAAUUGAUCUCGCAGAAAGAUGUGGCCGCAGUACAGGAGGUAGUAAUGUCACAGGGUGAGGUUCUCCUGGACAGGAUUAUGAGGGCUGUCGGUGGUGAGUCUCCUCGUAUGAUUAUGGAGAGUAUUGCUGAUGUGUUGUUCUGCCUUAGUAAACACUUUCUGGAACAAAUGAGGAUAUGGUCGCAAGAUUUUGUCACCAAGGAGGGUUACCCGAGUGUACGUUGUACUAGUGAAGAUAAAGAUAAGUUUAUCAAGGCAGUUCUCAGGGAAAGAAGUAGUAAGAUGAAAGUUCGAGCUGUAGUUAAGGAGUUUACAUUGUUGUGUCGAGGCCUGCUUGGAACGGAAUACGCUUCUCAAAUGGCAGAACUUAUGUGAUACCUGACCCCUUAUCAUGCUAAAUUUCUAUAAUGAACCUGUUCAUCUUUCAGUUUGGACAGUACCAUUAGCUGUUAAAAGGGGUGCUCACCAAAAAGAUACUGACUAAAUGGCGAACAGUGCAGAUCCUGAUCAGACCGCUUGGAUAUGCAGGCUGAUCAUGAUCUGCACUGGUCCCAAAGGCAGACUCAAUCGUGUCCAGCAUGAUAAGGGUUAGAUUAUUUAUUGACAAUUAAAAUCGCCAAACAGAGUUUAUUUAUUAGGUAGAUUUAGAAACUAUAAGGUUUUAAAGAAUGUUUGGAAUUCACACUAACUUCUUUAUUGAACUUUGAGGUGUAUUUUCAGUUUCGAUGUCUUUCAGCAUAUAUAUUUUUUGGCUGUAUAACAGUGUUUCUGUUUUAAUGAGUGAGAAAAAAUUCAAAUUUUUGACCAUGAAUUACAUUCAGGCCGUACUAGGGAAUGAGUUAAAGCAUUGUUAGAUGUCAGUGAAUUACAUUGUCACGUUUUCUAUGAAUUACCUACAUGUACAUAUAUUUUUUGUAAGUGUAUUUACAUUCACAUGACAUUCUUACAUUUUUCGAUAUAAUCCUAAUGUGCACAGUUGUGGUCACUCUGUAUUGAUCGGGCACAGUUUAGCCCAGUUUCUCAGAGGUGUUCAGUACUGGGUUGUCAGGCAUCAGAAAUGUGGUCAUGAGGUCAGAUCAUCGAGAAACCUUUCUGACAACUCUAUAAGUCACAUUUGCCACUAGAUCUUAAUGAAACUUUGAAUGUCUGCCUGUAUGAAAUCUAGGUCAAGAUUGAAACUGUGUCAUCUGCGUUAAUCAGAAUUUUCAGAAAACUGAUAAGGCAGCAGGAACUAAAUACUGGCAAAAUUACAUCUUUUUUUUUCCAAAUUUAUUGGAGACUAAAUUAAUGUUAUUCCUGAAAAUGAAGCUUACAUUUUUAGGUACAGGAAAAGUGGUAUGUGAUUUUAGCCAACAAAUUUUAGCACACAUAAGCUGUAUUACUGCCUGCUGUAAUAAAUAUUAUAAAUAAAAUCAAAGCUGGUUAUAUACACAUUAAAUCCGUAUGAUAGAUAGUUUGUAAAUGUCUGCUAAAUUGAGUAUAACUGUCUGAUAAUAAAAAAAAAAUGUUGGACAAAGAUUGAGGUAAAACUACUUUUUGGGUCCUAUGGCUGAAUUUUGAAAUUCUGUAUAAGAUUAGGUUAGCACAAAAUUUGUGGAUACUUCACCCUAAAAAGCUAUUUCACAAGGUCAGAUAAAAAAAAACACUGUUGAACAUUUUUGAGGCCCUUUUUUUACCAGAUCUGUAUAUAACAAUGUCCAAAUGAUUUACUUAAUGGAAUGUAGGGCAUAUUGGAAACUGGGCCAUCUUGGAUAAAACGGUCAUGUGGGCAGUUGCCAUAAUUGCUGUCUUGUUAAUAUAUAUAGGCUUGAUUUGAUGAAACUUUAGGUAGUGGAUCCUUAAUCGCAUUCACCAAGUUUCAUGCAGUUUCGUAUUCUAGUCGGUCAUUUAGGCAUUUUUCAGCAAUAAAGGUAG